GCUGCUUUUUAAUAAUUGUAAUAGUGACUGUAAUAAUUGUAUAAUGUAUUUGUCAUACCUAUUGCUGCUGUUGAGUGUCCAUGCCUUUGUGUCACCCGAUAUAAUACAAGGAAACACUAACUAUUCAGAAAUGUUAGAAUUGCACAUGGAGUCCUGCUUGGACCUGAAAAAACUAAACCACAUGCCCAAUCUGCAUACACUGAAAUUGGAUUACUGCGACAUCGAAACUUUUAGCAUGGACUAUCUGGUUCCAGUACCACAGCUAACUGCCCUUGAGAUCCGACGUGGGAAUCUUUUGUUGCUGCACGAUAAACACUUUGCCAGGUGGCCCAAUAUGAAAAUCCUUCAGUUGGGAGGGAACUUCAUAACUAAAGUAACCAAUGAAUCCUUCAAAGGUAUACCGCAGCUCUGGUUGCUAGCUUUGCCGGGAAAUGGUAUUGAGUUUUUGCCCCAGGGUGUAUUCCAUGAUCUACCCGAGCUACUGCACCUUGACCUCAGUGGAAAUAAGAUUAUGAACCUUCAGGAAAACACAUUUGCUGGAAACCGUAAGCUUCAGAUGCUGCUACUCAAUAGGAAUCCCUUGACGAGAAUACCGCCAACGGUUCUGGGAUCUCUAAGGAAUCUACUUCUUUUGGACCUGAACAACGCUGGACCUCUGCAGAAUCUCACACUGCCAAGUGCUCAUACCAUAAUCCUGGACAAGAUCGGUUUGAAGUAUCUGGAUAUUAAGGGCAGUGUUAUAAAACUCCAAGCGAGGUCCAACCAGCUAAUCAAUAUAAAAUUUGCUGACAAGAGCUCUAUAAUCGAGCUAGAUCUAAAUAACAAUUCAUUGACGACUUCUGAUAUCCAAGGAGUUCUUAAAGGCAUGUGGAGACUUCAAGGCCUGGACCUUUCCGAAAACCUCAUAGAUAACUUUACUGCAGCGAGUGUCAAUUCAAGUGAGCUCUUGUUGCUGCCCAAUCUUAUGUACUUGAACCUUUCGGGAAAUCUUCUGGAGCACCUACACAAUAAUUCUUUAUUGCCAUGGACAAGGCUUACCCAUUUGGACUUGGCGUACAAUAGAAUGAAAAACUUACCAGAAUUUGGUAUACAGGACGUUUUUAAUCUUCGAAGCUUGAACUUAGUGGGAAAUUUAUUUAAUAAUGAUAGUGAAAUCAAGAAAAGAGCACGGGAAGUUUAUACGAUUCUCAGAGUAGCUGGUGUGCAAAUUAUGAUUAAUAUGAAAAUAUUUGAUGAUGACACAUUGGAUUCCGCCAGUCCUUGGACUCUCUUAUUCUGUAUUUUCUUUUUUAUUUCUUUCUUGGCGAACUUAUUUUUUGUGGGGCAACUCUGCUAUAAUAGGGAUAGACAAAUCGUGCCGGUGGCAACAACAAUGGAAACAAUAGCUAUGAACCAAGUUGAUCCUGACGACGAGUUUUUUGAUUAACCGAUAAACACUAUAUGUUUUGUUUUUAAAAUUUAAAAUUCAUCUAACAAUGGUGCAUUCAAAAAUACAGUACCGAAUACUCGAUUA